GCCUUAUAUUCUAGUUUUUAUACAUACACUAGCAUAUUCAAGUGUUGAAACUUUUUUUGAGCAGUUGUUAUAAGCAAUAACGGAAUGGGAAGCGGCAAAGGUAGUGGUAAAAAUGCUGGGGAAGCUCUUGUGGCAAUUGCUGUGUGUGGCGGUAUUGUUACCAUUUUACUUUUAGGUAUUGCAAAGUUUGUUGUUGGUAUAGUUUACUGGAAUGAUUGUCCAGCAAAUCCUGCUAUUCCAAGAUAUAUGAGUGGAUCUGCUGGUGUCGAAACUUUCUCUGAUAUCAUUAUCGGAUGCAUAUCAUGUUGUACUGAGAUACAGGAGAAGGGCAUAGCCGGUGCAGCAGCUGAACAUCUCAUUGGAAUAAUCGUCGGGAGCAUUUUGGUCUUCUCAGAUUAUUCUUAUCUGGCUGGCGGAUGUAAUGGUGCCAAGGAUUGUUGUGAUGAGAAUUUUAUCAAAUUUGCACUCAGUGUUUCUAUAAUUGAGUGGCUACUGCUGUUACUACCUAUUGUUGUCUUUAUUUGCUUCUGUAUAUUUGGUUAGAAUUGUGCUAUUUCUCAGAUGGUUUCAUUUAUGUCGUUUGAUGUAAAACAACAUAUUAUUUUAUUUGAAUAUAGACAAAAAUAAUAGUAAUAAACGCUCUUAUUAAUACACUGUAACUAAAUAUUUUCACCAUUUUUCUCUGCACCAAUCUUUUCAUCAAACAUUUAAAUAAACAUAUCUUCUAACAAAAUGAGUGUUAUUCACAGUGUCUGAUAUAUAUAUCCAUAUGUCCGUAGAGUUUAAGAGUUGCGCAUGUAAUCACUUUUAAGAUAACAUGAACACGAACGACCUACAUGUACAUAAAUUUUAAUUAAUUUAAUUUUUAAAUAUGUUGAAUAUAAGAAUGUUAUAAUGUUUAUCUACAGAUAGCUAAUCUUAGCUGCAAUGAAAUCAUUAUGAUUACAAAUGUGUUAUGCCUUAAAUGUAGAUAAAAAACUAAAUUAGCAAUGUACUACAUUGUAUCUACUUUUAUGUCUGUAUCUAUAUUUUCCGGUGCUUCGGGAUCGUUGAUUUUAGCAUUUUUAAGUGUUGAAAAUUGAGUUCCUCUCAAGCCGGUGCUAGGGAAUGUAAGGGAUAUUGCACUCAAUCAAACCGACUCUGCAAUGUUCAUGAAAUUUUAUUGUGAUUAAUGUUUCAGAGGGAUCACUCUUUUUCCAGAUUUGUAUAAUCAUACGUGAAAAGUUAUCGUCAAUAUUACCAAUGAGUAAAGGGGAAUUAUAUGAAAUUUGAAUUACAUAAUUAGGUCUUUUAUUCAAACAUAGAUGAUAUAGUAAAAUCCUGUUUUUGAAGUUAUGUUACAAAGAUUACCAUAUUUUUGCUACAGGUACGAAUUGUUAUCGAUUGGUGCGCCGAAGAUGAUAAAAAUUUCAUUUUUCAUGCAAUGCGAAAUCAUUAGAAUAUAAUGCAGGCAACA